AUGACCCUGCUUGAGUUCACCGGCUGCUCGCUUCUGGGCUUCGGACCGACACUGUCCAUGUUUCUACUCACGGUGGCGGGACAGCCGAGCCGCGUGAUUGUGUUCGUGACGGGCUCCUUUUUCUGGCUCCUCUCGCUGCUGCUCGCCUCGCUCACCUGGCUCGCCCUUUCGCCCCUGCACCAUUACAUCUCGCCAGGAGUCGUCAUCGCCGUCCUCUCGCAGGAAGGCUUCCGGCUGCUUUUCUUCCGCGUGCUACGCAAGGCUGAGCGCGUGCUGAACGCGGUCGCGCUGACUGGCGUCGACGAGGUGGCGCGCAUGCGCUCUCGUCUGGCGUUCGCCUACACGGCUGGCCACGCUUUCGGAGCCAUGAGCGCGCUGUUCUCGCUGCUCGGGCAGCUGGAUGACGCCCUGGGUCCCGGCACUGCCGGACUUUACGGAAGCACGCCCCGACGGCUGGAGGCAUCGGCAAUCAGCGCAGCUACCUUCAGUGUACUGCACGUCUUCUGGGCCCUGGUCUCCUUCCACGCGCUCGACGCGCGCCGAUGGUCCGUGCUUGUCUUUGCCCCGGCCGCCCACUUGGCCGCGUCGGCGGCCAUGCUGCUGACACCCAGCGGCGACUACCUCGUUUCCCUGGGUGCCAUAUGUGCAGUCCUGGUGGUGUCUGCGGCGAUGGCGUUCAACGCGGCGGGCGGCAGUGCGCGAAAUGUUGCGGCGGUGUUUACGCGCGGCUCCAAGGACUGA